AUGAAUACAUAAACUAUAUCAACAAGAUAACCAUUAUCUUAAAUUGAUUUUAAUAAGGAUUUGGACAAUUGUGGUACAACUCCUAAACACAAAUAAUUCAAAACUGCUAUUACUCUUAAUAGUGAUUAUAAAAAUAAUCAAAAUUACAAUGUUCAAUUUAAGGUCAAAUAGUAAAAUCAAACUCAAGAUUAGACUAAUAUUAAUAAUGCUAGUAGACUUAAUGAAAACAAUACUAUUUUUAUGUCACCUGCUCCAUUACGUAGAAAUACUUAAUUUCAAAUAUAAUAACAAUAAUAGCAAUAAAUAACUUCACCUUUAUAAAAGAAUUAUAGUUAGAAGCACUUUCAACCUAAUUCUCCAAUCACUAAACCAAACAUUUAAUUUCGAGGAGUCUCUCAAUAACCAUUAAAUUAAAAUGUUUCUCAUACUACAACUUUAAAAUUAGAAUCCGAUGUAUAAAUUCUAAAGAAUUAGAAUCAUGCAUUAUAAUAAUAAAUAUUUUAAUUAGAAUCUAAUAUAUAAAGAGGGAAUAGCACUUAAUUUAUUAAAGAAUUAGAUAACAAAAUCUUAAUGCUUUCAAAAUUAAAUGAAAAAUUAAAUUAAGAUAAUCAAUAACUAUUAAAAAUAAGUAAUAUUGAAUAACUUAGAAUGGAGAGAGAUCAAUAAUCUAAAAAGUUAUAGGAAUUAGAGAUUCAAUAUGAUAAAUUAUUAUAACAAUUUGAAUAAUUUGAUUGUGAGAAAUUGAAAGAAUUAGAAGAAACAAAUUAAGAAAAUAAAUUAGAAAGUUUAGUGAUGGAUCUAGAAGAAAAGAUAACUGGAUUGAUAAUAGAGAAUGAAAAAUUAAAUUAACAGAUUUAAGAAGAUGCAAAGAUAGACUAAAAUUUAGAAUAAUUAUAGUUAGAAAUAUAAUAAUAGUAGAUUGCUUAUUAGAAAUUAAAACAUGAAGAAGUUCAAUAUCGAUUCAAAUACGAUACAACAAAUUACAAUAAGAAAGUAAGUAGGAGAGAUAAAGGAAGUGAUAAUAAAGAAAAAGUGUUGGAGAAUGUAUUUAUAUAUAAAUAAUAAAAUAAUAGAUUAAGGUCUUAGAAGAGGAGAAUUUAAAAUUAAAAGGAUUAAUUAGAGAAGUGGAUUAUGACGAAGAGAUUAAAGAUUUGGAGGAUAGGGUAUAUUAUUAAUUAAUUAAUAUUAGAUUCGUGUGAUAGCAUAAGAUAAUCGAAAAUUAGAAAUGUAAUUGUUACAAUAAUGA